AUGUAUGCCAUUAGGCGUCAUUUUAAGAUUUUAAUGAAUUAUUCUUUAAAUCAAAGUUUUUCACCUAUUAAAUAUUUAUAUUCUAGUACUUGUUAUCCAAAUUAUCAUUUUAAUAAUCAUAUUUUUAAUUCUUUUCAUUCAUUUACUUCGGAAUCUAAUAAUAAAUCUAUUAAUAAUACUAAUAGUAGUACUGAUAAUAAAUGUGAUAAUACUACUACUAGCAGUAGUACCAAUACUCAUAAUAAUAAUAAUAAUUUGGAAUGUAUUGAAAGUAAUAUUAAGAAUGAUCGCUAUAUCGCUGUAUUUACUUGUAAUAUAUGCAAUAAUCGAACCGCCAAAUCAUUUUCAAAACAAGCAUAUCAUCAUGGUAUAGUAUAUGUAAAAUGUGAAUCAUGUAAUAGUCGUAAGUUAUUACUCAUUAUUAUACACUUGAUAUCUGAUCAAUUGGGAUGGUUUGGUGAGAAGCAAAAUAUUGAAGAGAUUUUAUUAAAGAAAGGACAAGAAGUUUCAAAAAUGGAACUUGGUGAAAAUGUUAGUGAUUCUGAUUUACAACUUAUUCAAUCACUUAAACACAAUAAAUAUUUUAAACAAUAA